GAGAUGGCAACCGAGCGAGAGAUCUGCAGCUAACCCGGCUGCAUUUGCUCGCCCGGUAGGAAAGACGGAGGAAGAAGAGGCGGAUCAGGUGGGAAGGAUGAGUGCGUAUGCUGACAUUUAUGCAUCAAAGCAAGGACAUCAGGGUUCCACUGAAGGUGGUUACCAGCGCUAUGGAGUUCGCUCUUACCUGCAUCAGUUUUAUGAAGACUGCACAGGAUCCAUUUGGGAGUACGAUGAUGAUUUUCAGAUCCAGAGAUCACCCAACAAGUGGAGCUCUACAUUUUGGAAGGUUGGACUCAUCUCGGGGACAAUGUUUAUGCUGACAGGGAUCAUAGUUCUUGUAGUAGGGUUUCUGGUAACCCCCAAAAUUGAAGCCCUUGGAGUAGAAGAUUUUGUGGUAGUGGAUACCCAUGCUGUCCAAUUUAACAGAGCCCUUGAUGUGUGCAAGUUGGCAGGAGCAAUAUUAUUUUGCAUUGGAGGGACCACGAUGGCAGCCUGUUUACUUAUGUCUGCAUUUGCAAAAAGCUAUUCCAAAGAAGAAAAGUACCUGCAACAAAAAUUUAAAGAGAGAAUAGCAGAUAUGAAAGCCCAAACAUACCCAGUCACAAAAGCCCCAGCGCCUGGAGAAUCCAAGAUACCCGUUACAUUGUCCAAAGUUCAAAAUAUCCAGCCGUUAUCUGAGACCUGAUUCCUCUUCUCUCUAUCCUAACACACCCUUCUUGUGAAUUUGAAAAGGUUGCCUUGAUUAGCACUUCAACCUGGGUUUGCAGUGCGGCAGUUCUGCACUCAGCAGGAAAAGAAGCAGGCAGGGGGGAAAAAAACCUAUUUUGAUAGGAACUACAGGAAUGAUAAGGAAGUGAAGGUUCAGCCAUCACUGGUUUCAAUAAAGCAUUAUUGUGUAUGUUGUGAAGGUUUUUU